GGACACAUUUGGUUGCUGCACAGACGAUAGUAAACAGUAAAACCGACCCGAGCUGUUUCUUCAUCUCGGGCGUCAGUGAAAGAGGCGUUAAUUCCCGACAUGUCGCAAUAUCGAGAAGCGGAGCAGGUUGCGGGCUGGCAGUGGUUCUGUAUCACAUUAAUGACCGCGGAAGGAGCUCUGAGAGCUUGAGAAGCGCGUUAUUGUGUCAGGAUGCCCGCGAUGGUGCUCCUCGGGCGCCGGUGGCGGAUCGCCAGCGAUGAUCUCGUGUUUCCUGGAGCUCUCGAGCUGUUUAUCAGAGCUGUGUGGUGGAUCGUGACUUUAGUUCUUUACACUAAUCACCAGGGAAGAUUCGACUGUCAGGGUGGAGCUAAUCUACAAUAUUACCUCAUAGUCCUUCUGGUUCUGCUGGGGAUCAUCAUCCUGACCCUCUGUGCAGUCGUGUAUCUGAGUGCUCAAGGGUCCAUCAUGAGCCCAGGUCCCCGGCGGUCUGUGCCCGCUCUGGUGUAUGUGCGUGCGCUGCUGUACGUCCCUGAGCUCGUCUGGGCCGCUCUGGGGGCCGUCUGGGUGUCUGACAGCAGCUCGGGGUGCGAGCCAGCCGAGGUCAGCUUUGUGAUCGGAGCCGUGGUAUCCAGCUGGAUCAUCCUGCUGUCGAUGGUGGUGGGUGUGCUGGUGGUGUUUGAUCCUCUGGGCAGUGUGAGGUCGAGCUCUCUGCCGGACGUCCCGCUGGACGUGAGGGAUCAGGAGAGCAGCAGGUCGUCUCAGAUCUUCUCCACGGCUCACACGCUGGCGUCGAGGGUCUGGGAGAGUCGUCUGCGUCUGCUGUGCUGCUGCGUGCCUCAAGACGACAGCCACCGAGCCGCCUUCUCCAGCAUCGCUCAGCUCGUCAGCGGCUUCUUCCUGGACACAGACCUGGUUCCCAGUGACAUCGCCGCUGGUCUUUCUCUUCUGCAUCAGGAGCAGGACAAAGUGCAGCGCUGCAGGGACCCUGAAGAGGUCGUGACCCACAGCCCGUCCUCCCCAAGAAGGGAUGAUCUGGAGCUGGAGCUGGAGAAAGCCACUCACUUCAUGCAGUUUGCAGCAGCGGCGUACGGAUGGCCGCUGUACAUCUACUCAAACCCACUCACGGGGAUCUGCAAGCUCAGCGGAGACUGCUGUCGAAGCCAUCAUGUGGAGCCAGACCUGGUCGGAGGAGAACACCUGGGAUGUCACUUCAGCUCCAUCCUACAGAGCACAGGCCUGCAGUACAGAGACUUCAUCCACAUCAGCUUUCACAACCAGAUCUACGAGAUCCCAUUUUUCGUGGCUCUGGAUCAUGAGAGAGAGGCGGUGCUGGUUGCGGUGAGAGGAACGCUGUCGCUGAAGGAUGUGUUGACGGAUCUGUCGGCUGAAUGUGAGGAUCUGUCUGUCGAAGGUGUUUCAGGAACCUGCUACGCUCACAAGGGCAUUUCUCAAGCUGCACACUACAUCUACAAGAGACUGGUGAAGGAUGGGAUUCUGAGCCAGGCGUUCAGCAUCGCUCCUGAGUAUAAGCUGGUGAUCUGUGGUCACAGUCUGGGAGCCGGAGCCGCUGCUCUUCUGGCCGUUCUCCUGCGCAGCACACACCCCACGCUCCAGUGCUACGCCUUCUCUCCACCAGGGGGCCUGAUGAGUAAAGCGCUGGCUGAUUACUCCAAGCAGUUUGUCGUCUCGGUGGUGCUGGGAAAAGACCUUGUACCCAGACUGAGUAUUCCUAACAUGGAAGACCUGAAAAGAAGAUUGCUAAAAAUGGUGUCUAACUGUAGUAAACCAAAGUAUAAGAUCUUGCUGCACGGCUGCUGGUACGAGCUGUUCGGAGGAACUCCCGAUGACUUCCCAACGGAGCUGGAGACGCGGCCCGUGGAGAUGCUGAACCAGCCGUUGUUGGGUGAGGAGAGUCUGUUUCGGCGCUCCAGCACCUAUCAGAGCCUGUCCUAUGACGAGUCGCCCCCCCGCCCCACACACCCGCCCCUGUUCCUGCCGGGACGCAUCCUGUACAUCACAGAGGACGGGCCCGAGCCCAGACACUGCUUCUCUCAGGUGAGAUACCGUGCCGAGUGGUCGAGCGAGGGGUCGUUCAGUAAUGUUCUGAUCAGUCCACGGAUGAUCACUGAUCACAUGCCUGACGUGGUUCUGCGGGUGCUGCGCAGUCUGACCCAUGAACACCCGUUCGCCCUCUGCUCGUCCUCCACCAGCCAUCUGAACGUCAUCUGAGCUUCUCUCAAAACAGAGACAUUUACUGGACUCCUCCUGUCAUUAUGACUCUGCAUUUACACUCCCAUUACCCUGCCCGCUUUUUAAAGGCUUCAUCAACUGCCAUAUAUUCCCAUCAUGCAUGAAGUCAAGAUGUGACACUGUUUUUAACUCUGUGGUGUUCAGCAGUAAGAGUUCCUUUCAUUGAUGCGUGAUUAAGACUGAGUAUUUUCAGUGUUGUGUGACGUAUCUUCAUCACUUCAGUAUCAGGUGAUCAGUAGUAGAACACCGUUUGAGACAUUGCAUGGCACCAAAUGCAUGAAAACAUUUCUUCUGAUGUAGAUAAGAGCUUCAUAUCAGAGUCUGUUCAUUUACUCCACUGCAGACUGUUCUGUUUCAGGAUAUCAUGCUUUUUUCCCAAAUAAAAAUGCUGAGGAAGA